AUGUCGGGUUAUGAGGCAUCCCGAACCUAUUCCGUACGGACUAGCAAUGAGAGGGAGCCAGACGGCAACACCCUCGAGCUUCGCUCGAAGGUCGAGAAGACCCUCCUCGAGUUCCUCCUGCAGUACCGCGUAGGCAAUGACUUCAUAUACCGCGACAAACUGCGCGCGAAUCUUCUGUUGAAACAGCAUCAAAUAGAGGUGGAUCUCAGACAUGUCGGUCUGUAUAACGACGAAAUGGCACACGCUAUUCAGGAGCAGCCAGGAGAGAUACUUCCCUUGUUUGAGAAUGCGGCAGCCAGGGCCGCUCGGUCUAUCUUGUUCCCUCUGGCGAGCAACUCCGAAAACGCACAACAGUCGAUCCCCAACGUGCAAGUCCUUAUCAAGUCCGGGUUGAACAUGCAACCGUUUCGAGAUUUGACCGCCAACACCAUGAACAAGCUUGUUCGUAUUCCCGGUAUCGUCAUCUCUGCGUCUGUGCUCUCUUCCCGCGCGACGAAGCUGCACCUCCAGUGUCGUGCAUGCCGAACCCCGAAAAUCAUCACUCCGCCCGGUGGUUUAGGUGGCUUGGGAGGAGGUUCAGAGCGUGGCCUUCCGAGAACCUGCGAUGCGCCAUCUCUUGAAAACCAGGAGAAGGAUUGCCCCCUCGACCCAUAUCUCAUUAUCCACUCGAAGUCAUCCUUUACUGAUCACCAAAUGCUCAAACUGCAAGAAGCUCCUGAUAUGGUGCCCGUCGGAGAGCUGCCAAGACAUAUGCUACUGUCUGCGGAUCGUUACCUCACAAAUCAGGUUGUUCCUGGCUCUCGAGUCAUCGCAACUGGCAUUUACUCUACUUUCCAAUCUGCGAAAAACCGUUCAAAAGGUGCUGCGGCUCUUCGUGAUCCCUAUCUGCGCGUCGUCCACCUCGAAGUGUCGUCUCCGGCUUCAGGUGGUUCGGGUGGCGCGAACCCAUUUGGUACACAGUACACGCCAGAGGAGGAAGAGGAGUUCGGUGAGAUGGCUCGUAGCGAAGGCUUCUAUGAACGGUUCGCGAAGAGUGUCGCGCCCAGUAUCUUUGGUAGCCUAGACAUCAAGAAAGCGAUAACAUGUCUUCUUAUGGGAGGCUCCAAGAAAAUCUUACCAGACGGGAUGCGACUGAGAGGAGAUAUCAACGUGCUACUUCUGGGUGAUCCGGGUACUGCGAAGAGUCAGCUGCUAAAGUUCGUUGAGAAAGUUGCUCCUAUAGCAGUUUACACCUCUGGAAAAGGUUCCAGUGCUGCCGGUCUAACGGCAUCAGUGCAACGGGACGCUGUUUCGCGGGAGUUCUACCUUGAAGGCGGUGCGAUGGUUCUGGCCGAUACCGGUGUCGUCUGCAUCGACGAGUUCGACAAGAUGCGUGAUGAAGACCGUGUCGCCAUCCAUGAAGCGAUGGAGCAGCAGACCAUCUCGAUUGCCAAGGCUGGUAUUACGACGGUGCUGAACUCUCGGACAAGCGUACUCGCAGCGGCAAACCCCGUGUGGGGUCGUUACGACGAGGGCCGCAGCCCUGGCGAGAACAUCGACUUCCAAACCACCAUUCUGUCUCGGUUUGACAUGAUCUUUAUCGUGAAGGAUGAACACAACGAGGCACGAGACCAGAUGAUUGCCAAGCAUGUCAUGAACAUCCACAUGAACCGCCCCAACCAGAACGAGGAGGUUGUGGGUGAGAUCGAUCUCGAGAAAAUGAAGCGUUUCAUUGCUUUCUGUAAAGCAAAAUGCGCUCCUCGGCUCUCUGCGGAGGCACAGGACAUGCUUAGCAGCCACUUUGUCUCAUUGCGGAAACAGGUGCAGCAGGUCGAGCAGGACAACGACGAACGGAGUUCCAUCCCCAUUACAGUCCGUCAACUCGAGGCUAUCAUCCGCAUUUCCGAAUCCCUCGCGAAACUCACGCUCUCGCCGGGAGUCCAGAAUCACCACGUAGAAGAGGCUAUUCGACUGUUCAAGUUCUCCACCAUGGAUGCUGUGUCUGCAGGCGCUGCAGACGGGCUCUCGCGCGGUGCUCUGAACGAAGAGAUGAUCAAGAUUGAGAAAGAAAUCAGGCAACGACUACCUAUCGGAUGGAGUACAAGCUACCAGAGUUUAGUCCGGGAGUUCGUCACGCAGCAAGGGUACUCGAGCCACGCACUGGAACGGACACUGUUCAUCAUGGAGAAGCGAGAGAUUAUUCGAUUCUCCGGGCAGAAGAAGGUUGUGCAUCGUGUCGGUGUCUAG